AUGCCGAGCGAGGCGCUCAUCGCCUUGCCCCACCCUCCACGGCUGCACACCGCCCCCGAGCUCGGCGCGUGCAGGCAGAAUUUAACUUUGGAAUUGAAACCUUCUGACCAAUCAAAGGCAACCACGAUUUUCCUGAGAAAAUUUCAAAUGAAUGUUUCUCCCAGAGUCAUUGCCUUCUCACAGGUAGAGUAUGCGGAAGCAAGACAAAAAGCCAUCCGACGCCCCCGUCUCUGCAGUGGGAGGGGAUGUGGGCCCAAGAUGCUGCCCCGCAUCAAAGGAGGGGGGGCCCUGCAGGGGACAAGUGCAGCCCACGUCCCUCUUGGAGUGUUUGCUGUUCUGGCCUUUGUAUCUCCAGGGCAGCUGACGGAAAAGGACGGUGCGUGCUCGACAGUCCUUCCAGAGGACAGCAUGGUAGCCAGCGUGACCGCAGAACCGCAGGGAAAUGAUACAUUUUCUCAUUUGACCCAAGGCCUAUGGACAAAGAAGUACAUAGAAGCUCCAUUCCAAAAAGUGACAUUGGGAAGAUUUGCGAGGUGUGGUCUGGAAAAUUUCCAUAUAAAGAAAUACUGGGGAAGUGUGAGUGAAUGUGAAGGGCAGAAUGGAUGUGUUGAUGGACAGAAAAAAUGUAGGACAACUACCUAUGACACAAAUGUCAUGGAUAUUGGAGGUCAAGAACACAAAACAUUUUGGAACAAAACUCCAUUUAUGUCCGUUACUUUUGCUGAGCCAUAUGUUUCUGUAAGUAAAUAUCAAGAUCAAGUUUUGGAACGUAACAUUCAUCUGAAAGGACAUUUGGAAAAUCUAAAUAGGGACUUGGUCCAUAUUCCAAGUAAUGAUUUGGACCAAGUAACGUAUAGAAUUGGAUUGAAUGUUCAGUCACAUAUGUCUGGAGAGCUGAGAUUUAAAAAUGAAGGGAAGAUUUCUAAACAUGAUCAAUGUGAUCAGUCCAUUGUUGAAAGUUUACUAUUCUUCCACCAAAACAUAAUGCCUUCAUCUACCAAAAUCAAUAAUGUUGAUCAGCAUGAGAAAGUCUUCACCCACUCAUCAUUGCUUAAUCAAUAUGAGGAAAUAGAUAACUUGGGAAAAUGUCACACUUAUAAUAAAACUGUGAUGUCCUCUAGCCAGAACCCUACCCUAAAUGAUUACCAAGAUAUUUAUAUUGAAGACAGAAAUAAUCAGUGCCAUCAAUCUGAGAAAACCAAAGAAGUCUCUGGUUCUAGAAAACAUCAGAAAACUCAUUUUCCAGAGAAGGAUUACAAUUGUAAAAAAUGUAAGAAAGUCUUUUUUCAAUACUCAAAGCUUAUUGUCCAUCAGUGUGUCCAUAUUGAAGAGAAGUCUUACAAAUAUGAUAAAGGGUUACAAGCUUAUACCCAGCCUUCAAAACAUACUGAGUAUCUGGGAAUCCAUAUUGGAGAAAAUUCAUACAGAUACAGUAAAUGUGAGACAUUAUUUAGUCAAUCAUCAAAUCUAAAAGAAGGUGAUUUAAUCCAUACUGAAGAGAAACUCUACAAAUGUAAAGAAUGUGGCAAAGCCUGUAACCAUAUUUCACACCUUAUUCAGCAUCAAAGAAUUCAUACUGGGGAGAAACCCUACAAAUGUAAAGAAUGUGGCAAAGCUUUUUACUGUAGUUCACACCUUACUGAGCACCAGAGAAUUCAUACUGGAGAAAAAUUUUACAAAUGUAAAACAUGUACCAAAUCCUUUACUCAUUCCUCACAUCUUAUUGUGCAUCACAGAAUUCAUACUGGGGAGAAACCAUACAAAUGUGAUGAAUGUGGCAAAGCCUUUAAUCAGUGCUCUCGCCUUACUAUACAUAAAAGAACUCACACUGGAGAGAAACCCUACAAAUGUAAAGAAUGUGGUAAAGGCUUUAAAACUAGUUCUGAAGUUACUCAGCACCAGAGAAUUCAUACUGGAGAAAAACUUUACAAAUGUACAAUAUGUACUAAGUCCUUCACUCGUUCUUCGUAUCUUAUUUUGCAUCAGGCAAUUCAUACUGGAGAGAGACCGUACAAGUGUAAAGAAUGUGACAAAUCCUUUAACUACAGUUCACUUCUUACUCAGCACCAGAGAAUGCACACUGGAGAAAAGAAACCCUACAAAUGUAAGGAAUGUGGCAAAGCUUUUAACUCUAGUGCACAUCUUACUCGGCAUCAGAAAAUUCAUACUGGAGAAAAAUUUUACAAAUGUAAUGCAUGUAGCAAAUCUUUUACUUAUUCCUCAAGUCUUAUUGUACAUCAGAGAGUUCAUACUGGAGAGAAGCCCUACAAAUGUGAAGAAUGUGGCAAAGCCUUUAACCAGUACUCAAACCUUACUAAACAUAAGAGAAUGCAUACUGGAGAGAAACCCUACAAAUGUGAGGAAUGUGGCAAAACUUUUACCUGUAGGUCAUACCUUACUCAACAUCAGAGAAUUCACAGUAGAAAGAGUCUACAGAUGUGA